GUCCCGGGCGUUCACACACACCUUCACCUGCACAGACCUGAAAGUCCAGUUCCGCCAGGGAGACGGAGGCACCGGGAAAAGGGGAGAGAGUUCAUUGGAUCAAACAUGUCACAAGAGACGGACAAUAACAAGCGACUUGUGGCCUUAGUGCCAAAUGACACUUCAUUCAACACCAGACGAGCCUACACCAGCGAAGAUGAAGCCUGGAAGUCGUAUUUGGAGAAUCCCCUAACAGCAGCUACCAAGGCUAUGAUGAGCAUAAAUGGUGAUGAGGACAGUGCUGCUGCUCUUGGCCUAUUGUAUGACUAUUAUAAAGUUCCCAGAGAUAAAAGGCUGUUGUCUGUUAACAAAGUGAGUGAUAAUCAAGAAGACCAAGAUAAAAGAAAUUGUCUUAAUACUACGGAAGCUCAGAGUAAUUUAAGUGGGGGAGAGAACCGUGUGCAAGUCCUGAAGACGGUGCCAGUUAACCUUUCCUUGAACCAAGAUCCUUUGGAGUCGUCCAAAAGGGAAUACAACACAAAUGUAUCUGGGAGCUCGACGCCCAUCACGGGGACUGGAGUGACUGUGGUUAAAGCAGAGGAGUUCACCCCUGUUUUUAUGACCCCUCAAGCACACUAUGCAAGAGGAGAAAAUGAGGAGCACCGAGGGGUUAUCUUUGAACCAUAUGAAGUGUCCAACAUUGCUCCCCACACAAAUUAUCUCAAAGAUGACCAGCGCAGUACUCCUGACAGUACGUACAGCGACACCUUCAAAGACGGAGGAACAGAAAAGUAUCGCAGUGUGUCAGUGGGGGCUGAAGAAUAUAUUUACGAACAAACAAGCAGCACUUUUCAGUAUACGCUAGAAGCUACCAAAUCUCUGCGUCAAAAGCAAGGGGAGGGGCCCAUGACCUACUUGAACAAAGGACAGUUCUACGCCAUCACCCUGAGCGAAACGGGUGACAACAAAUGUUUCCGGCAUCCCAUCAGCAAAGUCAGGAGUGUGGUCAUGGUUGUUUUCAGUGAGGAUAAAAACAGAGACGAACAGCUGAAAUACUGGAAAUACUGGCAUUCCCGGCAGCACACAGCUAAACAGAGGGUCCUCGACAUUGCUGAUUACAAGGAGAGUUUUAAUACCAUUGGGAAUAUUGAAGAAAUCGCAUUCAAUGCUGUGUCCUUUACUUGGGAUGUCAAUGAGGAGGCAAAGAUUUUCAUCACAGUGAAUUGCUUGAGCACAGACUUCUCCUCACAAAAAGGAGUAAAAGGGCUUCCUUUGAUGAUUCAGAUUGAUACGUACAGCUACAACAACCGCAGCAAUAAACCCAUCCACCGAGCCUACUGCCAGAUCAAGGUUUUUUGUGACAAGGGAGCGGAAAGGAAAAUCCGAGACGAAGAGAGGAAGCAGAACAGGAAGAAAGGCAAAGGCCAGGCAUCCCAAGCCUCGUGUAAUAACUCAGCUGAAGGGAAGUUGAGUGCACUCCCUCUGCAAAAAAAGAGCGAUAUCACCUUCUUCAAAACAAUGGCUGACCUGGAUUCCCAGCCAGUUCUCUUCAUACCGGAUGUUCACUUUGGAAACCUACAAAGAACUGGACAGGUUUACUAUAAUACAGAUGAUGAGAGAGAAGGUAGCAGUGUCCUGGUUAAAAGGAUGUUCCGGCCUGUGGAGGAGGAGUUUGGUCCAUCCCCUUUGAAACAAAUGAAAGAAGAAGGCCUGAAAAGAGUGCUUUUGUAUGUGAGGAAGGAGACAGAUGAGGUGUUUGAUGCUUUGAUGCUGAAAUCACCCACAGUAAAGGGGCUAAUGGAAGCAAUCUCUGAGAAAUAUGGGCUGCCAGUUGAAAAGAUUGCAAAACUUUAUAAGAAGAGCAAAAAGGGUAUCUUGGUAAACAUGGAUGACAACAUUAUUGAGCACUACUCCAAUGAGGACACGUUCAUCCUGCACAUGGAGAGCAUGGUCGAAGGCUUCAAGAUCACACUGACAGAGAUCUAG